AUGAAGCUGUGGAUUCUUCUGCUCAUCAUGCUCGUCUGCGAGGUUGUGAUGUUUCUGCCUGUGCUGGGAAGCUUCAAGAGCAAAUCUUUCUCUGACAUGGAAGUUGAGCAGUGCUGGGUACAGCCUCCAAUAAAGUAUUGUAGAAGAAGGUGCACUAAAAUACAGACCUGUUUACUUCCAAAUCACACAUGCUGCUGGACCUACUGUGGUAACAUCUGCUUGGAUGAUGAAGAGCCAGUUAAAUCAAUGCUAAACCCUAGAUUCUAUCUGGCCCACCACUAA